AUGUUCAGAAAAUUCACCAGAGAAGAUAUCCAUUCACGUUCCAAAGUUAAAUCUUCCAUUCAAAGAACUUUGAAAGCCAAAUUGGUGUCUCAGUACCCAAAAUUAGAGGAAGUGAUAGAUGAAUUGAUACCAAAGAAAAGUCAUAUCGAGUUAAUUAAGUGUGAAGAUAAGAUACAAUUAUACACCGUUGAUGGUGAAGUUUUAUUCUUCCAACAAUUUGACGAAUUAAUUCCUACUUUGAGAUUAGUUCACAAAUUUCCAGAAGCGUACCCAACCGUUCAAGUGGACAGAGGUGCCAUUAAGUUUGUUCUUUCAGGUGCUAAUAUCAUGUGUCCUGGUUUGACUUCUGCAGGCGCCAAACUCCCAGAUGCCCCCGGUUACGAAAAGGAUACAAUUGUAGUAAUUAAUGCCGAGAAUAAGGAACAUGCCCUUGCCAUUGGGAAGCUAAUGAUGAGUACUGAAGAAAUCAAAUCCCAUAACAAGGGUCAUGGUGUUGAGAUGAUUCAUCACCUAGGUGAUCCAUUAUGGACGUUCACAACUGAUUAA